CUUGAGUGUAAAAGCUUCAUCGGAGUUUCUUGUCUGUAGCUUUAUUCUCCGGCGAGCGAUGGCGGUUUCAGCUUUCCGUGGGACGCGGUUACCGUUACUUCACCAUUCUCAGUUUCCCGUAGUGAGAACUGUCUCAGAAAGGUCUAAGAAGGCGAUCGGAGGUAGGAAUUUGAAGGGUUUUGUCCUUUCGGCCCAGUAUUCGCAAAGCCAGGACCUUUUCACUUCUCGCCUUCAAAGCCAGAUAGAGAAGUUACCUAAACUGGUGGAGGAUAUAGUUCAGACAUCAAUAAACACAGGUCCACGCGGUGUGACACGCCUUGUCCAAGGCGUUCAAGCCUUUGUAGGGGUUGGAGGAGAGUGGCUAAAUGAUUUAUCUAAGUCUACAAGCGUGCCUGGUGGAUUACCAAGUGAAUUGCAGCUUGGUCUACUGUCUCCUCUAUAUUUGAGGAAACUAUUUGAACGCAUGGGAGCUACUUAUAUUAAGCUGGGCCAGUUUAUAGCAUCUGCGCCAACUUUGUUCCCACCUGAAUAUGUCAAAGAAUUUCAGAACUGCUUUGACAAAGCUCCUCCUGUGCCAUUUGAAGAAAUUCGUAAAAUCUUGCAAGAGGAACUUGGUAAACCCAUAGACAGUGUAUACGAAUAUGUUGACCCUACGCCAAUUGCAUCAGCCUCAAUAGCACAAGUACAUGGUGCAAGGCUUAGAGGUUCCCAAGAGGAUGUAGUUAUUAAAGUCUUAAAGCCUGGAAUAGAAGAUUUCUUAGUGGCAGAUUUGAACUUUAUCUACGUUGUUUCCCGUAUAUUUGAGUUCCUUAGUCCUGAGUUUAGCCGUACUUCACUGGUUGGUAUUGUCAAAGAUAUUCGUGAGUCUAUGCUUGAGGAAGUAGAUUUCAAUAAGGAAGCUCAAAACAUUGAGUCAUUUAAGAGAUAUCUUGAAAGCAUGGGGUUGACAGGGCAAGCUACGGCUCCUAGAGUGUAUAAGUACUGCAGCAGCCGGCGGGUACUUACAAUGGAGAGGCUAUAUGGAGUUCCUCUGACUGAUCUAGAUUCCAUAAGAUCACUUGUUUCGAGUCCUGAAAACAGCCUUAUUACCGCGCUUAAUGUGUGGUUUGGAAGUUUGCUUGCUUGUGAAAGCUUCCAUGCUGAUGUACAUGCAGGAAACUUAUGGCUGUUGCGUGAUGGCCGGAUUGGGUUUCUUGAUUUUGGCAUUGUUGGUCGUAUAUCCCCCAAAACAUGGGCUGCCAUGGAAGUAUUUUUAGCAUCUAUUGCAUCUGAAGAAUAUGAAUCCAUGGCUUCUGCUUUGAUUCAAAUGGGCGCCACAAACAGAGAUGUUGAUGCCAAUGCUUUUGCAAGAGAUUUAGAAAAGAUGUUCUCAUCUAUCCAGGAACUAGAUACAGAAAUAGUAGUGGCUACAGCACGUGGAACAAAUUCGGACACAACUGCUGUUGCUGCUAACGUAAUUAUGGAUGAGAGACAGAUGAAUACACUUUUCCUCGACCUGGUCCGUGUUAGCGAAUCAUAUGGCCUUAAGUUCCCAAGAGAGUUUGCACUUCUAUUGAAGCAGCUUCUGUAUUUCGAUCGAUACACGAGACUUUUAGCCCCAAACCUGAACAUGCUGCAAGAUCAACGUAUCUCUAUUGCAUCCAACAAGCGGAUGAAUCGAUACAAGGACAGCUUCAACUGAAUUUAGACAGAUAUACUUCGUUAAACCUAUUCAAACUUACUUUUUAUUUAUUUUACUAGUGGUAAAGUUAUAGUAGAUUGAUUAAGUGAGGAAUGAUGAUAAAUUCAAUCUUGUUACAAACAUAUCAUAAGAUUCAUGACUAUAUACAAUAGAUGAGCAAUAUCUGCUUCUUCUU